AGUUAUUUUAAACCCUUUGCUCGUUCCUCAGGGCUAUUUUGGCAAUAUUGCUGAUUUUAAUCGUAUUUGUUUAUAAUUCCUUAGUAUUUUUGAAAAACUCCAAAACUUAAAGUUAAUUUCGUGUUGUACAUUAUUUUAAUUGUAUGUUAAAAAUAACUAGUAAUCAGUGUACAAAAAUGUGUGAUAAGUAGGUCUUAAGUAUUUUAUAAGUAACACGUUUAUAUAUUUACAAAAAUGUCUACAAGAAGGGCUCGUAUAAAAGCUGUUACGUCGUUGCCGCCGAGACGCAAGAACAAUGCUGACAAUGCUGCUAAAACCAAACCUGCACAGUUGAUAGAUGAUACUCAGAAAGCUGUGAAGAGUCCUAGGACGCCUAGGUCGUUGGCUGCUAAAGAGGGUGGCGAAAAGGUAUUGAGACCCACCCCACCUCUCUUGCCACUGCACAGUACCCCGAACUUGCAAAGUAAAGUAUCGUCGCCUGCAAAACCGAAUUCGGAGACGCCUAAAGUUAUUACAAGAACUCCAAAAACAGCUGAGAAGGUGUCAGUUAUAACAGCUGCUCCAUCCAGCAUCCACAGAUCAAUAUUUGCCUCGCCCCCUCCAAGAACAGACAGCCCGAUCAGAACAGCCUCUCCAAUAGCCGCACUUCUCAGAUCAACGAUAAGAACACCUAAGCCCAAGACACCACAAGUUGAGAAGCCCAAUCUAGAAGUAACAGUCAAAGUUUGUGAGGUAAAUGAGAAUGAAGCUAGAAUUCUGCAUGAGAAAGAUACUGCUGAAGCUGGUAAUAAAAGUGAUGUUCCAGAUGAUUACAGUGUGCCAAGUGUGCCUGAAAGUAUUACAGAGGAGGCUGUUAUGGAUGGCAUUGUUCCACUGCAGCCAGCCCGUAGUGUGCCCAAACCUAUUGAUUUAUUGAAGAAUGAAAUUAUAUCGGAAAACGCAGAAGUGCUGUUUGACCCUAUUGUCCCUCUGCCAUCGCCCAGCAAAGUGAGACCGAAAUUACGUCCUGUGCCAAGACUUGCACCUCUCAGAAGGAAUAGUAUUCAGGGCAGUGCCAGCGAGUCUGAGGAUGAGAGCCGGCGGGCGUUGCUGGGAGGAGCGACCACGCCAGCGCCGGGACGGCAAAGACACGACUCUCACACCUCACAUAGUACACAAACCACAAUGCCGACAGUAAACAGGGAGGUAAACCGGAUAAGGACCGACUCUAUUUGCUCAAGUGCCAGCCAGUUAACACAGCCGGCGCUGACGGCUUCGCCCACGAAGGAGAAACACCACAAAACUCGUCGCCAAGAAAUGAGUCGACGGAUGGCGGCGAUGCGUCGGCGCAGAGAGACUAUCCAGCGGGACACGCUCACUAUGUACGAUCUCAUCUUCUACAAUCCCACCAGUAACCCUAUCGUCCCAGACCAAGACGAGAUCAAAGCGAAAGAGGCUAACAAGAAAGACGAAGCGGAGCGCGCGGCGGCCGAAGCGGACGACGACCCCGACGACCCCGCGCCCGACGCCGCGCCCGUGCCGCAGAUCAAGCUGGGCCCUAAUGGAGAGAUCGUGCUUGACGAGAAGAGCUUGGUGAUAAAACCGACAAACAGCAAGCGCAAAGUGUCCUCUGUGGUCCGAGAAGGGGCUUGGGCCAGUGGCGGCGGAAAAUACAACCGCACCGCUCGCACCGCGGAAUGGAGCGCGGCCGAGACGGUGCGGUUCUACCGGGCUCUAGCGGCCAUUGGCACAGACUUCUCGCUCAUGGCGCCGCUGUUCCCUGGACGGAAUAGGAGGGAUCUCAAGAUAAAGUUUAAAAAAGAAGAAAAGGUGAACGGCGCGCAACUAGACAAAGCUCUCCGUUCGGGCACCACGUGGGACCCGUCGCGGUUACAGGACGAAUUCGCGGCCGAACGUGCCGAGGCCGCCGCGAGCGCCGAGCGCGAACGUGAACAUAUCGCUCGCCAGAGGAAGGCCGAGCGUGAGCGCACCGCCCUCGCCAAGGAGGUCAACUUGCGGCAGAGUAGAGGAGUGAAAGCUUUGGAGAACUCUUGCCGGCCUUCCAUGUUACUGAGAAAACGAAACAGCGAGGCGCUCACCGCUGAUGAUAUCAUCGAGCGAGCGAAAGAGGCGAGGGAAGAGAAAAAGAAACAGAAGAAGUUGGCCGCCGCGGCCAAGUUGCAGGCCAAGCGGGGCAGCACUAGCAAACAACAAACCCCAAAGACGCCGUUCGCAACGAUCACGUUAUUGAACUCGAACGAAACCCCGGAGCCACCUGCGGAGCCGGCCGUAGACAUGGCGACCAUCUCUCGAGUGGUCCCAAACUCCUCAAAAACACCGUCGCCCGGCCCCGUCUUAUUGAACUCCACUGCCGUGCCUUCCAAUAUCGAGUCCGGAUCUCUAGUCGUACUCACGGUCAAUGACCCCAAAUCGCCUUCCAAGAAAAUGUUGCAGACGUACAUAGCUCACGGGGAAGGGAAAUUGACUCCGAUUGCGCUUCCUCCCACAUUCCUCAACUCCGUCGUGGGGUACAUGAAGAAAGGGACGCCCAAAGGCCCACCCGGGUCUCCUCUGACGUCGCCCGUCACGGUAAUCAACCCUGACGACAAAACCGCCACGACCUCUAGUGUCAUACAGCUGAACCCCAGCCCGGUCAAAAGGCAAAGGCAUAGUUCUUACACGAUCACGCAGCUUUAACGUUUUCUUAUUAUAGAUUUUUGUCACGUGAUAGACUUUUCUAUAUUUCGUAUAGGAUUAAGGCUAGAGGCAGUUAUAGCUACUUUUUACUAGUAGUAGUUAGUGAAUACCAUAAAAUCUAUAUUUUUACUCACAAGUACAUAAAAUUAUAAUUAAAGCAAUAUUGCCAAAAUGCGCAGAAAUAUACCUUGUUAAUCGAAAGCAAUAAUAUAUGGUUAUUUCUAUUGGAAGCAUUAUACACAUCUAUACAAUGUGUUUAGUCACAUAUUAAGGGACAAGAGUACUUACUAGGCUGAAAUAUGACGGAAAAAAUCCUCAUAUUUCUUACAAAUUGAACUAAAACGAUUCAAAUUCAGGCCUUGAUAAACCGUGUUUGGUUGAAUUUCAAUAUUUAUACAAACGGCAAGUUUGAUUUGGAAUGUAGGUAUUUGUGGGUGUAAUAUUCAUAAUUUAUAAAGGUGCCUUAGAAAUCUUCAAAUAUGUAAUUUAAGUACACUUGAUGUUAUUAAAAAUAAUUAAACGACUGCCAUUCUGGUAGGUAUACAUUAUGAAUGACACUCAUAUAGUUGGUUGUUACUGUUCUUGGUCCAGAUAUUAAAAUUCAACCAAGCACGAACUGGAAAAUAAUCGAAAUAUAAACCGGAUCUUGAGGUCUAUUCCACUUUGAUCACCUGGAUUUGAUCACACAGGUGAUCAAAGCGGACUCCCAGCGACACUUUAGUGACCUUUGAUCACCCAUGGAUAGUCCACUUUAAUCACCUGGGUGAUCAAAUCUAGGUGGUCCAGGUGAAGUAGACGAUUUGGAGCAUCAAUGCCUCAAUCUUUGAAAUUGUACUUCGAGUCUAAAAUCCAUCUUGAUUGUCUCAUGUGAGACUGAACACAUUUUAUGACCUUACCGCGUGCCUAAAGUGAGAUAUUUAUGAGCAAUUAGGAUAGUGUUGUAGUUAUAGAUUGAUAGUUAAGUUUGUUUAUAAAGAGAACCGACCUCAUAUAUUUGUAUCUCCGUAAAAUGUACAGUAGGGAUGUAACAAUUAGGUAUUUUAAUUCGGGAAUAUUCGCUCGCACAUUGGAAUUUAUAUUCGCAAGGAACGAUGCAAAUUUUUGACGAAUGUAUUUGACAUUUUGUAAAACACCAGAAACCUCGCAGAGCUUCAUAACUUCAUAAGCAAUAAUGUAAUAAAUGUUGGUGCUUAUGAUGUUAGCUAUCUAGUCCUGAUAAGUUACUGGUGUUUUACAAAUAGUCAAAUAACCCUGUAUAUUAUUCGUUCGUAAUCCGUUUGUUACAUCCCUAUUGUAUAGUAAAUGAUGCCUUGAUAAAACUUCCAUAAAUAGAAACGAAAUCGAAAUACGUACUAAUAUUAAUAGCUUAUCGUAAAUAAUGUUGGCGUGCCAAUUUUAAGCUGCAGCAGGCUGAAAUUUCAUAUCUAUAGACAUCGCUAGUUGACGUUAUGUUUUGUGCUAGAUUUAAAUGUUGUAAAUAUUUGUUUUGUAGUGUAAAAUGUAAUUAAAUUUAAUUAUGUUACGCUCAAAUAACGUAAACGUUUAUUUUGAUAAAAAAAAACAGCUCACAACGCGUUGAGGUCAUUGUAUUGUAAAACGUACACAUCGCGAAAUUCGUGUUAUAUCCGCUUAUGAAAAAGGACACAUCGUCAUAAUUAUAGACAGCUACAACACUAAUUUCGCAUAGUUGUUUUACAGUAUUAUCAAAGCGUUGUGAGCAGUUUUCUCGUUCAACGAGCGUUUUCGGUCUUUGAGCGUAAAAUCUACAAUAUUUUAAGCAUGAACAUUGGAUCUGCAUUUCAUCACAGGAACAAAGUUGAAUCAGUUUCCUUAUUUUUACAUAAUGUAUUGUUUGUUAUAUAAAGAUUAUCUUGAAUAUUA